AGAGAGAGAGAGAGAGAGAGAGAGAGAGAGAGAGAGAGAGAGAGAGUGUGUGGCUGGUUGGGGUGGAGGAUGAGGAGGAGGAGGCGGAGAUAGCUUGAGAGAGAGAGAGAGAGAGAGAGAGGGAGAGAGAGAGAGUGUGUGGCUGGUUGGGGUGGAGGAUGAGGAGGAGGAGGCGGAGAUAGCUUGAGAGAGAGAGAGAGGGGGAGCGAGCAGGUUCUGUUGUUGUUGUUAGGAGAGAGGGGGUGAUGAUGGAGUGGUAGUGAGAAUGAAGAAGAAAAACCUGGUUCACCCCUCACUCUUGUCACCUUGAGAUUUUAUAUCUCUUUUUUUCCACUUCUCUUUUUUUCCGGGGUGAAAGUGGAUGUUGGUUGGAGGGAUGAGGAACUGGACGAAGGGAAGUGAGGAAGAGAAGAGAGACUGAGGAGACAAUGGCGUACACACAGGGUGUGCUGGCCAGGCUAACUGACUGUCUAUUGUGUCGGUGGUCGUGUCGCUCAUGUCUGUUGUGGUGUUGGGAGUGCUGCUUUCCGCCCAGUGAUGAGGAGGUGGAGAUACUGGGACCCUUCCCUGCUCAGACCCCCUCCUGGCUAGUGAACGAGUGUGUGGAUGAGAAGGACACUGAUACCGGGGUCACUCAUGUUGACGCCAUGGCAAUACUGCAGGACAGUACUCCGACCCGGAGACGUUCCAGCUCAGAGAUGUCCCGAUCCACCUUCAGCCUGGUCCGACAACUCUCCAGUCUAGACGCUCGCAGGCCCAGCUCUCCUCUGGUUGAUGUGAAACCCAUUGAGUUCUGGGCCAUGGGCCCCAGGAAGGAGGUGAUCCAGCCGCUGCGUCGACACCAGCCCCCUCCGGAUGACUACUUCAGGAAGUUGGAGCCACGCCUCUACUCUCUGGACUCAUCCGGAGACGACGUGGACUCGCUAACGGACGAGGAGAUUCUGCUACGAUACCAACUGGGCAUGCUCCACUUCAGCACACAGUAUGACCUAAUCAACGGCCACCUGGGCGUUAGGGUCAUUGAGGCUCGCGACCUGCCUCCACCUCUGACCUGUGACGGUGCCCGCCAGGACAUGGCCCACUCCAACCCAUACGUCAAGAUCAGCCUGCUGCCGGACCACAAGAACUCUCGGCAGACGGGGGUGAAGAGGAAGACACAGAACCCGGUGUUCGAGGAGCGGUUCACCUUUGACCUUCUGUUCCUGGAGGCCCAGCGCCGCACCCUGCUGCUGUCUCUGGUCGACUUCGACAAGUUCUCACGACACUGUGUCAUCGGCAAGGUGGCGCUGCCUCUGAGUGAGGUUGAUCUGGUGAAGGGUGGUCACUGGUGGAAGGCCCUGGUACCCAGUUCUCAGAAUGAGGUAGAGCUGGGAGAGCUGCUGGUAUCACUCAACUACCUGCCCUCCGCUGGAAGACUCAACGUUGACAUCAUCAGAGCCAAGCAGCUGCUGCAGACAGACAUGUGCCAGGGAUCAGACCCGUUUGUGAAGGUUCAGCUGGUAACAGGGCUGAAGCUGGUAAAGACCAAGAAGACAUCCUGUAUGAAAGGAACCAUCGACCCCUUCUACAACGAGUCGUUCAGCUUCAGAGUCCCCCACGAAGACCUCAGCGAAGUCAGCCUGGUAUUUACAGGUACAGCCCCUAGAGAGAGAGACAGAGAGAGAGAGAGAGAGAGAGAGAGAGAGAGAGAGAGAGAGAGAGAGAGAGAGAGAGAGAGAGAGAGAGAGAGAGAGAGAGAGAGAGAGAGAGAGAGAGAGAGAGACUCCAUAUAUAUUGCUUUGGCAACAGUAACAACCACCCAACAGUGGCAACCACUAAUUCAUGCCAAUAAACAUUUUAUUGAAUUGAAUUGAGAUGGGGAGUGGAGAGGGAGAGAGAGAAAAGAGAGAGAGAAAAGGGAAGUAAUUCAUAUUAUUACUCUGAAAAAUAAUAAUGACCUUUCAUUUGCUCUGUAACCUCAUAGUAGACUUCCUACCUAGGCUCCCUACGGAGUGUACACUCUCUCCCUCUGUGGGGUGUAUCUACGUAGAGAAUAAGAGCAUGCC